GAUCCAGAUAGAGAGCUUUAGACAGAGAGAGAAUUUCCAGAGAAAGCGAUGGGGGCCUGCAUUUUGCCUGUUCCCAGGGAAAGGCAGCUGGUCCCCAUCCCACAAAUUGAGGAUAAGCAGUGAUAGAUUAACCCAUUUUUAGAUAUUAACUCAGAUAUUAUCCGUAAUGUUACAAAAGUUGUUAAAGUCUAUACUUUACUGAUUAAGAAUUUGUCUGCAAAGGUUUAGGGCAACGACAAAUCUCAUCCUUACUCAGAUGGUUAUUAUAUGGUUAGCAUGACUCUACGUUCACUGCUAAUUUUAGUGCAGGGGUUUGCCCUAAAAUCAUUCCAAGAUAAGAGAAUAACCUAAAAAUGGCGCUCUAGCUCCAUUGACUUAACUUUUCAGGAGUUUUAAGGUAAUCCGUUCUCUCUCUUUUGAGGAAUAAUCGAGAAAAUUAGAGCUUUUUUGUUGGAUUGCUUGCGUAUAUUGGCUUGUUUUCGUGAAAAAAGGUUCAGAGACUGGGUUUGCCUCAAAAUUUUGGUCUAGGUUUACUUGCAUUCGAGGUUUUUCCAGUGUUUUUCUUGAUUCAUGGUGCUGAAAGUGAUCUCCAAUAAUCUGUGAAGCCCUUGUUUUUUCCUGUGAUGUUCAUACUUUGGGUUGUGGUUUAGCAGUUGUUUUCAUCACAAACCCAGCCGAGUCCUGUUCAUGGUGCCACAAUUGAUAUCGUCUCAUCUGUAAAACCCUGGUUUUCAUUGUGGUCUUCAUACUUUAAACCUCAGUUUUCGUUGUGAUAUUCACUCUUUUUCUUCCAAGAUCAGUUCUUGUUGUAUAGAGAUCAUUCUAGGGCAUAAAAAUGGCGACAUGCAUUCGACCAUGUGACUACAGGUUCUCCUGCAAAUCACCCCUAAACCCCAUCUUCUUCUACUCUAGAUUAAAACACCUCCCUGCUCGAAAACUCCAUGUUUCGCAAAUCCCCAAAAUGUCAUUGAAAAAACGCAAUGAUUCUUUGCAAAUUCGCGCUGAGUCCAACGGUGGCAACCUAGAAACCCUUCAACCAAACCCUUUCCAGAUAUUAUCAGAAAAUGGGGUUCCAAGAGGUAAGAGAACCGACAUCAAGAAGAUAAUGAUCUUGGGUGCUGGUCCCAUAGUGAUUGGGCAAGCAUGUGAAUUCGACUACUCUGGUACUCAAGCAUGCAAGGCUUUACGAGAAGAGGGAUAUAAAGUUGUGCUCAUAAACUCAAACCCUGCAACUAUAAUGACCGACCCUGAGAUGGCUGAUAAAACCUACAUUUCACCCAUGACCCCAGAACUAGUAGAGCAGGUCCUUGCAAAAGAGAGGCCUGAUGCCCUUCUUCCAACCAUGGGUGGCCAGACUGCUCUCAAUCUUGCCGUAAACUUGGCGGAAAGUGGUGUGUUGGAUCGAUUGGGGGUCGAGCUUAUUGGGGCUAAGCUUGAUGCCAUUAAAAAGGCAGAGGAUAGAGACUUGUUUAAGCAAGCGAUGGCAAACAUUGGGCUAAAGACCCCACCCUCUGGUAUUGGAACCACCUUAGAGGACUGCUUAGACAUUGCCAACUUUAUCGGUGAAUUCCCUCUUAUUAUAAGGCCUGCAUUCACCCUUGGUGGAACAGGGGGUGGGAUUGCUUAUAAUCGUGAGGAGUUCGAAGCAAUAUGUAAGUCAGGUCUUGCUGCUAGCUUGACUUCUCAGGUUCUGGUCGAGAAAUCUUUGUUGGGAUGGAAGGAAUAUGAGCUUGAAGUAAUGAGGGAUUUAGCUGAUAAUGUGGUGAUUAUUUGUUCAAUCGAGAACAUCGAUCCAAUGGGUGUGCACACUGGGGACUCAAUCACAGUUGCCCCUGCUCAAACUUUGACUGACAAGGAGUAUCAAAGACUUAGGGAUUACUCGAUUGCGAUAAUUAGGGAGAUUGGGGUGGAAUGUGGAGGAUCAAAUGUUCAAUUUGCUGUGAAUCCAAAAGAUGGGGAGGUCAUGGUGAUUGAGAUGAACCCAAGGGUGUCUAGGUCUUCGGCUCUGGCAUCGAAGGCCACUGGUUUUCCUAUUGCGAAGAUGGCUGCUAAGUUGUCAAUUGGGUACACAUUGGAUCAGAUACCAAAUGACAUUACUAAGAAAACUCCUGCUAGUUUUGAGCCAUCCAUAGACUAUGUGGUGACUAAGAUACCUCGGUUUGCAUUUGAGAAGUUCCCAGGUUCUCAACCGAUACUGACAACCCAGAUGAAGUCAGUCGGUGAGUCAAUGGCUUUAGGUCGUACAUUUCAAGAAUCAUUUCAGAAGGCGGUUAGAUCACUAGAGACAGGACAUCCAGGGUGGGGUUGUGAGCCUGCUAAGGAAUUGGACUGGGAUUGGGAACAACUCAAGUAUAGCCUUCGCGUUCCUAAUGCAGAUCGAAUUCAUGCAAUAUAUGCAGCGAUGAAGAAGGGAAUGCGGGUUGAACAGAUUCAUGAGCUCACCCUUAUUGACCCAUGGUUUCUUUCGCAGCUUAGAGAGCUCUUGGAUGUUGAAAUGUUCCUUUCAGCCACAAACUUGUCUCAACUCACCAAAGAAGAUUUUUAUGAAGUAAAGAAGAGGGGUUUCAGUGAUAGACAGAUUGCCAAUGCAACAUCAUCCACCGAGAGAGAUGUACGUGUUAGGAGAUUGUCUUUGGGUGUGACUCCAGUGUAUAAGAGAGUUGAUACUUGUGCUGCAGAGUUUGAAGCUGAUACACCUUAUAUGUAUUCAUCAUAUGAUUAUGAUUGUGAGUCUGCCCCCACUAAGAAGAAGAAGGUGUUGAUAUUGGGUGGUGGACCAAACCGUAUUGGACAGGGUAUUGAGUUUGAUUAUUGCUGUUGUCAUGCAUCUUUUGCUCUUCAGGCAGCUGGUUAUGAAACCAUAAUGAUGAACUCAAACCCAGAGACGGUCUCAACUGACUAUGACACCAGUGACCGCCUCUACUUCGAGCCCCUCACAGUUGAGGACGUCCUCAAUGUCAUCGACCUCGAGCGUCCUGAUGGGAUCAUCGUUCAGUUUGGGGGCCAGACCCCACUUAAGCUUGCCCUCCCGAUACAACACUUCUUGGACCAUCACAAACCCAUGGCCGCAAGUAAUCUAGGCCCAAUUCGCAUUUGGGGCACAUCCCCUGACUCCAUAGACGCAGCUGAAGACCGAGAACGAUUCAAUGCCAUCCUUAAUGAGCUUGGAAUCGAGCAACCGAAAGGGGGGAUAGCAAAGAGUGAAGCUGAUGCUUUAGAGAUUGCAAGAAAAGUUGGGUACCCAGUUGUGGUCAGGCCCUCUUAUGUUCUUGGCGGGCGGGCCAUGGAAAUAGUGUAUAGUGAUGAGAAGCUUGCUCGGUACCUCGAAAAUGCAGUGGAGGUGGACCCUGAGAGGCCUGUGUUGGUUGAUAGGUACUUAUCAGAUGCUUGUGAGAUUGAUGUUGAUUCUUUGUCGGAUUUGGAUGGUAAUGUGGUGAUUGGGGGUAUAAUGGAGCACAUUGAGCAGGCAGGGGUGCACUCCGGUGACUCAGCAUGCUCACUCCCUACAAAGACAGUGCAACCUAAGUGCCUGGAAACCAUCAGGACUUGGACUAAGAAGUUAGCUAGACGUCUCCAGGUUUGCGGCCUGAUGAACUGUCAGUAUGCUAUAACAGCCUCCGGGGACGUGUUCCUCUUGGAGGCAAACCCCCGAGCCUCACGCACUGUCCCCUUCGUCUCCAAAGCCAUUGGGCACCCCCUCGCCAAGUACGCCUCCCUUCUCAUGUCAGGUCUAUCCCUCAAAAACCUCGACUUCACCCACGAGGUCUUACCCCGUCAUGUCUCUGUAAAGGAGGCCGUUCUCCCCUUUGAAAAGUUCCAAGGCUGCGAUGUCCUCCUUGGCCCUGAGAUGCGAAGCACUGGUGAGGUCAUGGGGAUCGACUUUGACUUCCCAAUGGCCUUCGCAAAGGCGCAAAUAGCUGCUGGCCAAAGGCUCCCCCUCUCAGGGGUCGUUUUCUUGAGCUUUAACGACCUAACAAAACCCCAUUUGGGGGCCAUAGCUCGUGGUUUUGUGGGAUUAGGGUUUCGUAUUGUGGCCACUUCAGGCACUGCAGGGAUGCUUGAGUUGGAGGGGGUUCCAGUUGAUCGUGUGCUCAAAUUGCAUGAAGGGAGGCCUCAUGCGGGGGAUAUGAUUGCAAAUGGGCAAAUCCAUGUGAUGGUCAUUACUAGCUCGGGGGAUGACUUGGACCAGAUUGAUGGGAGGCAAUUGAGGAGGAUGGCACUUGCUUACAAAGUACCAAUUAUCACAACAGUGGCGGGGGCACUGGCAACAGUGGAGGCUAUACGGAGCAUGAAGAGGAUCCCGGUGGAAACAAUUGCCCUCCAGGAGUACUUUGAGCAGUCGGCAGAUGUGAGACAGGAGUUGCGGCCGGCUGGGGCUGUUUGAUGAGAGAGAGAGAGGGAGAGUCUUUCUUUGCGCCCUUGGGAGCCAAGCUGUGGAUGUUUGUUUUUAGCUUCAGCUCUUUGGUGCCGGGAAAACUUUCGAUUACUUUUUUGCAUGUGUCAGUAGUGGUGUUGGUGGUGUGGUGGUAAGGUCGGGGAUUGAGGCCAGAUGAGGGUCCCAAGUUUCUCGCAUUCUAGUCUUGGAUAUAGGAGUUUUGAGUGUUGAAUGGUGUUGUAUUAUUUACGAGUUGCUUCCUGAUCCAUAUGAAAGUAGCUGUAGUCCUGUUCGUUCGCGUCUUAUAUCAAAUUUUGGGGUGGUUCUCUCUUGUUUCUGGUGGUGGUCUCUUUUCUUCUUUUUUUUAACGUACCAGGGGCUCAAUGAGGGCCCAUAGUAGUAGUGUAACGAUGCCUGAGGCAAUGGGUGCUGUUCUAAGAUAUUUGAGCUGUUAUAUCAUCAAUUCAUCAUUCAUUGAA